CAAUACCCAACUCUUUCUAUCUAGAGAACAUGUCUCACUUGCCUCUCAAUUCCUUGAACGACCUGCUUGAGGUGGAAGGAGCCAACGGUCAAAGCGUCCCUUACCUUGGCUAUGUUGAGGCCACCAUCAGAUUCCCAAAGAGCUUGCUUGGAGUCAACAUCGAGGUACCUACACUGGUCUUGGUUGUACCUGACAUGUGCUCCACGUUGUCAUCAGUGCUUAUAGGCACAAAUACCUUGGAUGUUCUCUAUGAGAAGUAUGCAGAGAUUGCACCUCAAAACUUUGAGUCUCUUCCUUAUGGCUACAAAGUCGUCUUAAAGACCCUUGAAAUCCGGAAAAAACAGUCUGUUGAUUCCAACCUGGGAGAGGUGAGGCUUCAUAGUAGAGACCUUGAGACCAUUUCAGCUGGACAGAUCAAAGUCCUUCAAGGAUCAGUGAGUUGCAGAAUAUCUGAUGUUGGAAAGUGGGUGAUAGUAGAGUCACCAAAGUCAUCGUCCCUGCCUGGUGGCAUCCUGGUGACAGAUAGCCUGGUAAGUCUACCACCAAAGCUAUCACGCUGCAUACCAGUGACGCUCAAAAACGAGUCACAGCAUGACAUCACCCUGUCCCCAAAGGCUGUGAUAGCAGAAAUACACGCUGUCAAGAGUGUUCAACCUGUCAAGACCCCGCGUGUGGUAAUCCGCUGCCGGAGCGGUAGGAAUAUCAGGGACUAGUUCGAACUUAACUGAACAGAACUGAAAACUGAUUGAAUUAUUAUCUUUUGGACUGAAUCAAACUGAGACUUUUCAUUGAACUGAGUACCUGGAUUUACAUUUAGACCUGAACUUGAAUUUAAAGUGCCAUACUUUGAUUUUCAUAUGUUAUGUCUCUGAAUGUGAUUUGAGUAAUUGUGGUCCACUUUGAUUUCAUUGUGUUUGAAGGUAUUUCCCUACCUGUAAAAGAAA